CGUUCUUACAUGUUUUUUCUGGUAGAGCAUCGCUUGUCAGCAAUCUGCCCACCGGAAAGGCCGGUAGUUAGGACUCGGACCCUCUUGCACGAAACCUCGGCAUUUUUUCGCGAUGGUACUCAGCGCAUGCGUUACCCACGGGGGUAGGUGGGGAUACCCCGUGCGGGCAAUUCGCUAUCACCCCGAUGUUCUAAUGUGGAUACUCUCGUAGCGCUCAUGAAAAGUGGACUUGGUACGGGGAUCAAGUGUAUGUGUAUUUAACUGUUGGUGUCGCCAGCUCGGCUUCUGUUCUCAUCAGCAUCAAAGAUCCAGCAAAGAUGUCGGCCAGCAUCAACGAGAAAAAGUUCGAUCCUGAGCUCAAUGCGCAGGGCGUCGCCCAUCAUGAGACUCUCAGCGACAAAGAACUUCUGCAAGCGUCCUACGAGGCCGAGACUCGCGAGAAUGAGAUGGGCGUCUGGGAGGCUGUGAAGGACCAUCCUAUGGCUUGCUUCUGGGCAUUCGUCUUCUGCUUUACCAUUGUCAUGGAGUCUUUCGAUAUGUUCCUCAACGGUAACUUCGUCGCCCUGACCGCUUUCAAGCAGAGAUACGGAUCUCUGCUUGCCGACGGAACAACCAGAGCCAUCUCGACCAAGUGGCAGAGCUCUCUCUUCCAGGCCGGUCAAUGCGGCGCUUUCGUUGGUGUCUUCCUCGCUGGCCCCAUCACCAACCGCGUCGGGUACAAAAACUGCACACUCCUUGCUUUGGUCAUCAUGAUCUUGACCAUCUUCAUCUCUUUCUUCGCCAACUCACUUGAAGUGCUGGUCAUUGGUCAGGCUUUCGAGGGUGUACCCUGGGGCAUGUUCAUCGCGAACUCUCCGGCCUACGCUUCCGAGGUCGUACCUGUUGCGCUUCGUGGUGUUUGUACCGCGACCCUCCAGAUGUCGUGGUCCAUCGGAAGUAUCAUUGUUGCUGCCGCGUGUUUGGGAUUCAAUGGCCGCAUGGAUGAGUGGGCGUGGCGCGGACCGCUUGCGUUGCAAUGGAUCUUCCCUCUCCCCCUGCUGGUUCUCAUCUUCUUUGCCCCCGAGUCGCCUUGGUGGCUCGUUCGAAACGGCAAGAAGGAGCAGGCUCUGAGGUCGAUCAAGCGUCUCGGUAGCAGGAACGGCACCCAAGCAUCCGCCGAUGAGACACUUGCCAUGAUUGAGCGCACGGUUGAGAUCGAAGCCCAUCUCGGCGGAGACCCCUCGCUCCUCGACCUCAUCAAGGGCGUCGACCUUAGGCGAACCCUCAUCACCUGUCUGAUCUACGCGUCCCAGAACUUCGCUGGUAAUCUGAUUGCCAACCAAGCCACCUUCUUCUUCGAGCAGGCUGGCAUGUCAACCGAUUUCUCUUUCAAACUAAACCUCAUUAACUCAUGCCUUCAGCUGGUUGCCAACGCUCUAUCGUGGCCUCUCAGCGCUUGGUUCGGCCGACGAACAAUCUUCCUCGGAGGUGCUCUCGUCAACAUGAUUCUCCUCAUCAUCCUCGGUAUCUGCGCUACUAUCACGCAGAGUGUCUCGACCAACUACGCGCAGGCCUGCCUUGGCGUGAUCAUCUCCUUCGUCUUCGCUGGCUCCCUGGGACCCAUCUCGUACUCCAUCAUUGCCGAGACAUCCUCCAUCCGCCUGCGGCCCCUCUCCACCGGCGUCGGUCGUGCUGCUUACUACGUCGCCGAGAUCCCCAUGAUCUACCUCGCUUCGCAGAUGCUGAACCCCACCGGGUGGAACAUGGCGGGAAAGUGCGGAUACGUGUGGGGAGGUACUGCUUUUGUCUGCCUGGUGUCCGCGUACUUCGGUCUUCCUGAGAUGAAGGGCCGCUCUUACCGCGAGCUCGAUAUUCUCUUCAAGCGCAAGGUUCCUGCCCGGAAGUUCAAGUCGACUAUCAUUUCUGUCGACGAGAACGAGUAAGCUUCGUCGUGCUAGAGGCAAAGGUCUUGGGAAAUUUCCCGCUUUAUCCGCCAGUAUCACGGCUUCGAGCAUAUAGCAUCAGUCUUACGAAUGAACAACUUGCUG